CUUACGACGAGCGAAGUGGGUGCAUACAUGUCGUCAGCUGGAGCGUGUCUCGGCGAAAGCCUAUUAAGUAUAGUGAUGGAACUUUUCCUUUCAAUUAUGACAGUCUCAUGCACUUUCUCUGGAUCAUAAUGUUGAAUAGACUCCGGAACCAGAAACUUCUCCGAUCUGUGAAUGUGAGGCCCAGGAUUCUGGGCACGCUUCACCGCGCCAGGCUGAGGGGCCACCUCCCCAUAUCACUGCAGAAGCGCUGGUGGCUCCUGAGGACAUUCAUGCCACCCGAGAGAAGGAGGCAGGGCAGCCGGACUCCCACAGUCAAGAGGAAAAGGCCCAGACCCUUACUGGAGAAAUCGGAUGUCAGGUCGGACAGUGAGGACGCCGGGUCUGAUUCUCAAAGGCUCUCUCGGGUUGUGGCAGCCAGUGUAAGCACAGAAAGUGGAGAAGAUGAGUCACGAAUCAGUUUUGCUUCAGGAGCCAAUCUGCCCAGACCUACUGACCCUCACCUGGACACUGAUGACUGCUCCGAUGGGUCUGUGCAGCCUGCUCCGUCCCAGGCCAGCCUCACUAUGGUAAAAGCUGCCAGACUGCCGGCAGAUGCCUCUCCCAUAGUGGCAGGGGGAGUUCAGAGGCCACCGAGUCACGCUGUCAGGCAGUCCCUAAGGAAGCGAGCGAAACUGCCAGUCAGCCAGCAGCAGAAGGCGCCUUACUUGCUGGUGCGAUACAGGACCUUGUCCAGGUUUAAUCUCUACAAGCUGGCUCGCUCCAGGAGACGCCUGCUGUACUGCAGGCGUCCUUACAGGGUUCCUAUACAUGGGGGCAGGAGCCGAAGGGGAUCAGUGAUCAGCCGCCCGUCCCCCCCGAGGACGGAAAUCGCCGCAUCCUUAGGGGAGGUGAAUGGCUGGCAGUGGCGAAAUGGCAAGGGGCCGGCAGGAUGCAGCUGGCCAGAGGAGGGACUGGUGCAGGUUAGCCGGGUCGCGGGGGAAGCCUCCAGAUUCCCCAGCCUCGGGAAAGGCCUCUGGGACCGGGGAGACUCUCCGGGCCUCCCUGGAGCGAGCAGAGCAGGAGAUGGAGAUAAAGGCAGGGAAAGGUGUGACAAAGGGGCGGAGCUAAUGGCCAGUGAGACUGAGGGCCCUGAGGGUGACGCCCACACAGGGGCGGAGCCUCCAUCCUGCUCCGGCUGCUGUACAAACCCACUGAGAGACCACCGGUACUGCAAGAGCACCGGUGACAUGGUGCCCGAGACGGGAAACGUGGGAGCAAACGACCAGCUGCUGAGCCCUCAGACUGGCAGGGAAGGAAUCACUGAGCUCAUCCAUGAAUUCCUGGAAACCUUCUAUGAGAAAUAUGGAAGCUUCAUUCCAUUAAGUAAAAGCGAUGUUCUCCAGCACCUCAACAAGAAGCUGAAUGCUGAUCUCACUGACAAGAAGUCUUUCAUCUACAGUGAGGUGGCCCGAUACCAGGCCGGCUUGGCCGCCGCCCCCAUGCACUUCUUCAAAGUGGCCCACAACAGGCACACACUGACCCUGGAGGACCUGUCUACGCUGGACAACCAGAACUGGGUCAACGACCAGGUAAUCAAUAUGUAUGGAGAAUUGAUUAUGGAGGCUGCCCCACACAAGGUUCAUUUUUUCAACAGCUUCUUUCACAAACAGCUGAUAACCAAAGGAUACGAAGGAGUGAAACGCUGGACUAAAAAGGUGGAUCUCUUUUCAAAGUGCCUCCUUCUGGUCCCCAUCCACCUGGAGAUCCACUGGAGUCUGAUCGCCGUGGAAGUGGCUGAACAGAACAUCCGUUUCUAUGACUCCCAAGGCAUCACCUUCAAGCACGUGAUUGAGGUAACGUGCAGAUGCUGGAAUGUCCUGGCA